AUGUCCUCUAACGAUACCGAAUUCAUUUAUGAGGGUCUAGAUCCGUUGACCAGGUCAAAAUUCGUGAAACCUGUUCCAAGCAAAGAACAGAUCAACGACCAAAUUUCUCAAGAGCUUCUUGAACCAUCAAAUCAACUUCUGUGGGAUUUACUCGACUUAUUGCAAGAAAUUCCUGAAACAAACCAUGAAAAAAUAUACGAAACUUUAAUGGGGGUUCCAAAAUCUAUCAGUAGAACUUCAUUCAGAUUCAAGAGAUCUGGAAUCGAUGGGAAUAUAGUUGGAUACAAGGAAGAAUUGAGAUUGGAUGAGAUUGAUAAUGCUAAUGCCAGCAAUUCUUUGUCAGUAAACAGAAAAUUUACUCCCAAGAGUGAGUCAAAUCAGGCGAGGCUUUUGCCCUUCCAGCCCGGUGGUUUGGUAAAACAGAAGGCUACAGGUGUAAAUGCCAAGAAAGAUGAGACUGCCUUCUUGCACAGAAAUGAAGACACCGGGUUGUUUGAUAUACCCCAAGGAUUACUGAGAGGUUUGGACCUAAGUGACUCGACUCUGGGAGAAGAGCUGCUUAUUAAACAGUUAGAAAAGAAAAAUGAUGAGGAUGAUGAUAACGAUGAGGUAGAGGAAGAUGUAGGAACUGGAAAAGAUGGAAUUGAAUUGUUAAUAGACACCAACGACCCCAUUAAAGAUGAUGCAUACAAUUCUACACAUACUUCGGAUGAAAUUGACGGGAUUCUACCUGCCAACUUCAAAGCAUUGAAGCACUCGUUCGCUUCAAAUAAAGAAGAUACCAAGCAGACAUGGGCUCACGUUGUCGACUUGGACCAUAAAUUGGAAAAUUUCAAAGAUGUAGUCCCUAAUAUGGCAAGAGAAUGGCCAUUCGAACUUGAUACUUUCCAGCAAGAAGCUGUUUACCAUUUGGAGCAGGGAGACUCUGUUUUCGUCGCAGCUCAUACAUCUGCAGGUAAAACAGUUGUGGCAGAGUAUGCUAUCGCCAUGGCUGCUAGAAACAUGACUAAAGCUAUCUACACCUCUCCAAUCAAGGCAUUAUCUAAUCAAAAGUUUAGAGAUUUCAAGGAGACGUUCAAAGAUAUAGAUAUUGGUUUAAUUACUGGUGAUGUUCAAAUAAACCCUGAAGCUAAUUGUUUAAUCAUGACCACUGAAAUUUUAAGAUCUAUGUUGUACAGAGGUGCAGAUCUUAUCAGAGAUGUUGAGUUUGUCAUUUUCGAUGAAGUCCAUUAUGUCAAUGAUAUCGAUAGGGGUGUUGUCUGGGAAGAAGUUAUUAUCAUGUUACCUGAUCAUGUCAAGUAUAUUUUAUUGAGUGCUACGGUCCCUAACACCUUUGAGUUUGCAAAUUGGGUUGGUAGAACCAAGCAAAAGGACAUAUACGUUAUUUCUACUCCCAAAAGACCUGUUCCAUUAGAAAUUUUCAUAUGGGCAAAGCAGAAUUUAUUCAAAGUCAUAGAUUCCCAAAGAAAAUUUAAUGAGUUGGAAUUCAAGAAGCAUAAAGAAGCAUUAGAAGGUGACUCCAAAAAGGCUCCACCAAAUGUAACUAUGGGAGCAGGUAGUAGAGGAGGUAGGGGAGGUUCCGCUAGAGGAGGUAAUAGAGGUGGAAAUAAUAAUCUGAGAGGAGGUGGUGGUGGUAGAGGAGGAGGAACUGUUGCAGGAAGAGGAAAUUUAAAGCCAAGAGGUGGCUUUGCCAGGGACGGCCCAAAUAAAAGUACAUGGGUCCAACUUGUCCAGUACUUAAAAGGGAACAACUUGCUACCUGUUGUUGUUUUCGUCUUCUCUAAAAAGAAAUGUGAGGAAUUUGCCGAUACCCUUAAUAACAUUGACUUCUGUAAUGCCAGAGAAAAAUCUGAAAUUCACAUGUUCCUUGAUAGAGCAGUCUCAAGGUUGAAGAAGGAAGAUCGUGAAUUGCCUCAAAUUUUAAAAAUACGUGAUAUGCUUAGUAGAGGAAUAGCAGUUCAUCAUGGUGGGUUAUUACCUAUCGUCAAAGAAUGUAUUGAAAUUUUGUUUGCUAGAACUUUAGUCAAAGUAUUAUUUGCCACAGAGACUUUCGCCAUGGGGUUGAAUUUACCAACGAGAACUGUUGUUUUCAACACAGUAAGAAAACAUGAUGGAAGAGGCUUCAGGAACUUGCUUCCAGGAGAAUUCACCCAAAUGUCAGGUAGAGCUGGUAGAAGAGGUUUGGAUUCAACAGGUACUGUUAUUGUAAUGUCUUUUAAUGACCCAUUAUCACCAUUGGAUUUCAAAGAGGUCACUUUAGGUGCUCCAACCAAAUUAGUGUCCCAAUUCAGGUUGACUUAUAGUAUGAUCUUGAAUCUUUUGAGAAUUGAAGCUUUGAGAGUUGAGGAAAUGAUUAAACAUUCUUUCAGUGAAAAUAGCACCCAGACAUUAUUACCAGAACAUCAAACUAAAGUUGUUGAAUUAACCAAAGAACUAGAAUCAGUUAAGAUAAAUGAUUGUAGUAAAUGUCAAUUGGAUGGUGUUCAAGAGGCGUAUGAUUUGUUACAAGAGCAUCAGAAAAUUUAUGGACAAAUCAUAGAGGAACUCCUGAAACUGCCAGUUGGAAGAGCCACAUUGUUGAGGGUUGGUAGGAUGGCCGUCUUUAGAGAUGAACAUGAUGUAUUGAAAGUUGGAUUCAUCGUCAGGACCGAAUUGAAUAACAAUUCUAUAUUGAUGUUGACAUUCGACACGGAUGUUGCAUUCGAAGACGAUACAGCCAAAUACAUGAUGCCAUGGAUCCCAUUGCGCUCAUACACUUCAAAGAAUUUCCUCAAAAUGAAAACUGUCAAAAACCUUAAGGUUGUUUUGAUUCCAUACCAUCAAGUUCACUUUGUUGGAAGGUAUGCCUUACGUGUAAAUAUUAAUGGCAUUAUACAGAAUCAACCUGAGUUGGUGGAAGAGGCCAUAAAGCAAAUUACGACUCUCGUAAACUUUAAAGAUAAAUGGGAAGAAAUUGGAUUCUACCAAUCAACUCAGCUAUCUCUUCACGAAUUAUUAGAGAAGAAGAAGGCUAUAAUCCCCAAAUUGAUGGCCAUAGAUAGCUUUAUGCAUUGUGAGGACUUCAAAGAGCAUUAUUAUGAAGUGUUUAGACAGGAAAAUUUGAAGAAUAAGAUUUCUUCCUUACAAAGGCUUAUUUCUGAUGAAAAUUUGGAACUCUUGCCGGACUAUGAGCAACGUCUUGAUGUAUUACAAGAAUUAGGAUUCAUUGAUCAUAAUCACAACGUCGUCUUGAAAGGUAGGGUCGCUUGCGAGGUAAAUUCAGGUUGGGAACUUGUUUUGACUGAAUUGGUAUUGGAUAACUUUUUGGGUGACUUUGAGCCUGAAGAAAUCGUGGCAUUGCUUUCUUGUUUUGUCUAUGAAGGUAGAACCAAUGAGGAGGAGGAUCCAUGCAUUACACCUAGAUUAGAGAGAGGUAAGUCAAGGAUUUUGGCCAUUACUGAAAAACUAAUGAAGGUUUAUUCUGACAACCAAGUCUCCUUAACAAGUGAGGAAGAAGAGUUCCUCGAGAGAAAAAGAUUUGCCUUGGUAAAUGUUGUAUAUGAAUGGGCAAGAGGUAUGUCGUUUAAAGAUAUUAUGGAGCUUAGUGUUGAGGCAGAAGGUACUAUUGUUAGAGUGAUUACUAGAUUAGAUGAAAUCUGUAGAGAAGUUAGAAAUGCAGCAUUAAUUGUUGGAGACUCUACAUUGCAUGCAAAGAUGACGGAAGCACAAGAAAGAAUUAAAAGAGAUAUUGUCUUUUGUGCAUCUUUAUACUUAUAG